UGUACCGGUGUAGUGGUCGCUGUUGUUUAGUUAUAUGUUAAAUGUUUCUAGGCCAGCAAUCCACAAAUUCUAUAACAGAUCGGUACCAAAUGUUAAGUCCACCAAACACGUGGUUAUAGUUUGGCAGACGUCAAAAUAAAGGCCUGACUGACUCUUUUAUUCUCAGACGUAUAUAUGACGCAUCUAAAGUUUAUAAGCUGCAUCAUAUAUAAUAAAACUACGGAUAAUAUGUGAGAACACAAAACCUAUAGGUAAUAAGUUUGUGGGUUUUUUCUACAAGUCCAAAGAAUUGAUUUUGAAUUUUAACUUAAUUCUUUUACCUGGAGACAAUGGAUAGACACACUGGAAAUGGAUACGUAGGUGUUAUCAAGAGCCACGCUGUGAUUUAUUCGUGGAUCUGUUAUUUAUUGCUCUGUUAUGUCAUCCCGUCCUUUUCUUGUUUCAAUAUCGACAUAGAGCAUCCCGUUAUCUUUCAAGGACCACCUGGAAGUCUUUUUGGAUAUUCCGUAGGGAUUGUACCAACUUCUGAUUCCGCUUGGAUUUUAGUUGGUGCUCCUCAAGCUAAUGAUUCCAAUCUUGCUGAGAUUAAAAGACCUGGUGCCUUAUAUAAAUGUUCUACAGAAUAUACAAAUCACUGUGAAAUAGUUGAAAUACAUUCACAAGGUAAUAUAAAACAGACAGUACAGAAAUGGAAGAAUAUAACAUUGCAUCAUAGUAAACAAGAUCAAUGGCUUGGAGCAUCUUUAGAUGUUAAUAUUGAUGGUGAUGAUAGUGUAGUGGUGUGUGCACCAAGAUGGCGGGAUAGAGAGUACUAUGUACAAGGCCACGAAUUUAUGAAUGGAUUAUGUUAUGAGUCUAACAGUGAUUUAAAAUUUACAGAAACCAGUGUUUGGCCAGCUUUAGAGUUUUAUAAGAAACAAAUUCAUUCAACGGGAGUAUAUGUUUACGGAAUGGGUACUCUGGGUACUUCGGUUACAUAUUCGAAGGACGGUAGAUAUUUAUUGAUGGGAGCACCUGGUAUAAAUGAUUGGGCAGGUGGUUUUGCUAUUGUCAGUGGUAGAUACGAUGCUCGGCCGAAAAUAGUUCAACCUGAAAGACUACUAUAUAAUAACUCUUAUUUAGGUUACUCAAUAACGACAGCCAGACUGUCUGCUGACGGCAUCUUCACAGUGAUUGGUGGACCAAGGGCAGAUAAUCAAGGCAAGAUUAUGGUUUACAAUGACAAUAAUAGAAUUAUGUUGACAAAAGAUGGAGAGCAGUUCGGCAGUUAUUAUGGAGCAUCUGUUAUAUCAGUUGAUUUAAACGGUGAUUCUUUGGAUGACUUAGUUGUUGGUGCACCAUUGUUUACUGAAUUAUAUGAUGAAGGCAGAGUCUAUGUGUACAUCAACAAAGAAUUUUUCGAUAUGGAACCGACGCCAGCGCCGUUAAAGGGAUCAAACAGUCCGGCUGCGAGAUUUGGCACGACUCUAGCAAAUAUCAAAGACUUAAACAACGAUGGGUUUGAAGAUAUAGCUGUGGGUGCUCCAUUUGAAGAAACUAGUGGAGUUGUGUAUAUAUAUAAUGGUAAACUAUCUGGCAUACAUCAGGAAUAUUCACAAAGAAUCGUCGGAAGUGACCUCAAACCAUCUUUACUGGGUUUUGGUUGGUCAAUUUCAAGACCACACGAUGUGGAUGGGAACUUUUAUUCUGAUUUUGUAGUAGGCGCCUAUGGUUCUGACAACGCUGUACUUCUGGCAGCACGACCUGUAAUUGACUUACGGUCCCGUCUAGACAUAAAUCCUCGUGUGAUCGACCCUGAUGGUACACCUAAUUGUCUGUAUCGUGGAGCCCCAGCCCAGUGUUUGAAAGCAAUGGCGUGUUUUAUUUAUGAUGGAAAUAAUUUACCUAAAACACAGACGGUCAGUUUUACACUAAGGCUUGACACUCUACCACGACACCGCCAAGAAAGACAGCGUUUGUUUGUUCGAGAUCGUUACGGAGACGAAACGGAAGUGCUGAAAGAUACAAUUAGUUUACGUGUUGGAAGCUGGAAUUGUGGUCAGUCAUACACAGUGUAUACUAAGAAAAGUCGUGAUAUUGUGACACCUCUACAGUUUGAUUUGAACCACACCCUGGCACACGAUAAACUAGCUCCACCCUGCCAUAUCUGCCCAAUCGUCAACCCAUACAGUUUUUCCGAAAUGUCAGCAACGGCACACUUUUGGAAAGACUGUGGAUCUGACGAUGCGUGUGAAGCGGACCUCGUUCUGAGUACCGACGUCAUCUACAAAAACAACGGCAAAUACUUGAUCUUAGACGAAUCACCGUCGUUUGAGGUUCAGGUCGGAUUGUACAACGUUGCCGAAUUAGCCUACUUUACGGUUGUCCGAUUCCGAUAUCCUAAAGACGUUCGUUACGGUAGGGUCAAGACAAUUGUUGGGAAUUCGGAAAUUAUUUGUCUGUCGAAAAAGGACAACCUUGACAACAGUACCGAUAUGAUGGAAUGCGAUAUUUCGCAUCCAUUACGAAGCAGAGAGGAGAUCAUCUUCACCGUCCGUUUCAUAACCGAGCAAUAUUCCUUUAACCUUGACGAGUUUAAUAUUACUGUGGAAGCUGAGACAGCCAGUACUGACCUAAACCUGAGAAAUAACCAGAAAUUGGCAACAAUACAAGCUCGUGUUGAAGCAUCACUAAGCUUAACUGGAGCCGCCAUUCCAGCUCAACUACAGCUUGAUAAGAAGGUAGAAGACGAUGAAGGUGAUUGGUUAGAAAUGAAGCAAGUAUUUGAUGUUAGAAAUCACGGACCUAGUCCCUUCCCCCAUGGCUUUCUGAUUCUUCUGGCACCAAAUUCACAAUAUAUUUCUGUUAAAGACGUACAGAUAAGAUCGGAAGAUGAAGAAUACAGUAUUGGAACAGGUUGUACUAUGGUAUGGACGCCAUCGAUCGACAAACCACGGGCAUCGUUUAAACUUACUAAAUAUUCCUCUAAUGAUGACCAGACGGAUUAUGUAAAAGAACGAGAACUGAUUUGUUCCCCAGAAGAAUGUCUUAAUAUCACGUGCUAUAUUGAUACACUGGGAAAAAAUAAUGGCGUCUAUUUGACAAUUACUUUCGAAUUAAAAAAAUCCAUCAUGCAAGAUUUAAAGGUUCAAGAACAACUUCGAUUUAUUUCAUCAGUGACAUUAUUAGAACCAGAUUUUCCAACAUAUAUAUCCUUAACACAAAAUAAUGUUUUAAAUGCUACAACAUUUAUUUUACCGGUUAAAAUAAUACGGAAACCAUUUCAAAUCUGGAUUUUAGCUGUGAGUAUUGUAAGUGGGCUGCUGUUGUUAUAUUUAGUAGGCCUGUUAUUAUGGAAGUGUGGGUUUUUCCGACGGAAGAAAAAAGAGGAACUUCAAAAAUUGAUAAGAGAAACAGAAACAGAAAGAAUAGCCAAUAUUACGUCACAUCCUGUUAGCGAUGUCAAUGACGUCAUGAUAUUACCAGCGCCAAAUAAUAUUUUCCUGUCCGAUGUGAUGACGUCAGACACAACAACAUUUACACACGAAAAUAACCAUAAUAACCAUUGGAGGUCAACACCGGCUUAUAAUAACGACACAUAUUUACAUCCAAUCGGAUUAAAUAAUGUAACGUGAUUGACACCAAGUGUGAUCUGAGUGUGAUCUGAGAGUAUGGAACGCCAAGCUAGGAUACCCAUAAUUAAUACAUAAUAGGUAUGAUUCAGUUGACUUAAUAUAAAUGUUAAUACGGCGUUCCAUAACCUCGGAUACUAUCACUGAAUCUUGAAAACAAGCAUCCACCAAGUUAUCGUUGUAUUUUGGUGAAUUCCAGGAUCAGUUUGAUCUUUGACCCUGUUUGAAUUCAAGGGGAAAUGAAUAAGAAUUAGUGCGGUGAUUAAUGGAGUACAGUACGCCUAAUAUUUCCCACCUGAAUUCGAGCAGGGCCAAACCCUUAUUCUUAUUUUUUAAAAUUAAAUAGCUAUUUAUUAUUACUGAGCUUUAAUCACUGCCAGAUUAAAUAUUUACUGCCAUCGUUUCAGUCUCGACAGCUGGGGGUAAAGACUAUUUUGACUGACACCAAAACUAGUUGAAAUCUUACUGCAAUGGGUUUUGGUUGACUGUACAUAGAAACAUAUAUUUUGUAAUUAUACAUUUUCUCGGUGUCAUAUAUUAAGGCAUACAUCGGAUACUGUCUUAGUAGAGCGAUAGAGAGAGAGAGCGAGGGAGAGAGAGAGGGAGAGCGAGAGAGAGAGAGCGAGAGAGCGAGCUACUAAUCCCAGUCAAGAUCAGUUACACAAUGAAUAAAGUUUAGUGUAAUGUACAUAAUAUUUCGUUAUUUGGGGCAUUAUACUCACAAAAACUGAUAUCUCUUAAAAUCUCGAUAUCUGCGUGGAAUCAGUUUCUAGUUUCAAGCACAAUUAGGCCACCUCUGUUGAUCUUGUACGAAGUGGAUAUAUUAUGGCUACAUUUAAAUAAUUUAAAACUUUAGAUCCACAGAUAGAGCCAGUGUAGAGUUAUAACCGACUGUGUGUUCAGCUGUAAGCCAAUGACCAAACUAAAAUUAGUUAACAAACUAACUCAUACAGAUCUUCUCUCAUCUCUAAACACAAACGAAUACUUUAUUUUAGGUACGUUUAGGUAUAAAAGUCUGAGUAUGUAUGAAAUUUAAACGCCAAAAUAUAGAGGAAUGGUGUAUUUACCUUAUCUCAAAAUUUCAGCUUAGAAAUUUCAGAAAUUCACACAGCUACCAUAUUUUUGUUGUUGUUUAGUAUUUAAGUGACUUUGAAUUUGAAAUCUAUGUCAGAAUUAUGGCUCCAUGUAGUCUAUUGUUUUUUUUAUACAAAAACCCACUUGUUUCGUUUUGAUAAUUAAUUAAUGUAGCUAUAGUUUUUUUGGAGCUUGUACAUUCAGUUAUGUGUUUACACUUAAAGUCAUUUCAUGUUAAAUUAUGUUUUCAUGUUAUUUUCAAAUAAACAUCUAAUACUUUAUUUUUACUUUUCCUAAAGUUACAUUAUCGCUUUUUGGGGUCCCCAAAGAGGUCUAGGUAGGGUUAUGUACUAUCUUAGCCUUGCUCUCUUAUAGGGCUUAACCCACUCGAGAAAGCACUCUGAAUGUUAUAGGAUAGGGCUUCGAAAUGAGUUUCCUUGCAUCCAUUAAAUGAGUUUCUUUGCAUAAAGAAAUAAUAUGGGGCUUAAAAAAUAGGUCAGUGGUGGGCAUUUUGAUAGAGUUAAGUUUAAUAUGAUAUUAUUUUUUAAAAUGUCAUGAUGAGGAAAUGAUAAUGCCACUUUAAAAUGUAUAAAAUAGAGAAAUGACCAUUUUUGUUCGUUUUUUCUUGACUUCUUUAUUUUGCAAUGUGUUUAAAUUAUCAUGUAUAUUGUUGAUUUUUUAAAUGAUUAUUCUUUUGAUGACACAAUUAUAUCUUAAGAUCGUGACAUAUGGAAUGUCUCAUUACGUCCAUAUUGUUGCGAGAACAAGCCUAUUUAAACGUAUAUAAUACUAUGUAUUACGCUUUGUUCUUGAUGCUGAAAUACAAAUAAAUUGUUCUUCUUAACAUGU